CCACUAUUGGGGACAAAUAGCUAAAUUCUGGUGCGUUUCGCCCAGCCGCCCAGGUACCCAAAAACUUCUACUGGUGAUAGCUGAUGCUUUGUCUCGUUCUCUGAGAAAUUUCAAGGGAAAUAUGGAAAGCAUAGCGGUGGAAGAUGAAACGCCUUAUAUCACAGCUCUCGGCUCUUUGUUUAAGCUUACCGAAGUUUAUCUCUCGGAUGAUACUUCAGUCGAUGUUCAUACAUGCUUACCAUCUAUGGAAGCUUCGAAAACCAUCAAUGAAGAUGCUGUUGAUUCAAUUAGUUCGGAAUUUAAAUCCUUCACAGAAGAUAUGGAGCUUGCCAAAUUGAUGAGUGUGAUGGGGCUCCCUAUGUCAUUUCGCACUAAGCGGGGAGUACUACGGGAGAAGAGAAAGCAAAAGAUGAAGGAUAAGCUUUCUGCAUCAAUGGAAUGUAACCCGAUUCAGGAUGACGUGCAAGAGCCUUUCGGAGAGAACGUAGGCGAGAGUGCAUCCUCUGAAGUUCCAUGCAAAUCAAGUGAAUCAUUGUCAUCCAUGUUAACAGGAAAAGAGAGUGAAUUAUCGGACUUUGAUGCUGCAGCUGGUGUUGACGAGGUUUGUCACCCCCCUGAUGGUGUGAAAGAUUCAAUCAGCUCAAUCUCAUCUAGUGCUAACUCUACAGUUGAUGACCCAGUUACUAGCGAUCCUGGGCGGGACCAAGAUUUGAGUUCUGAAUUUUUAUCAAGGGAAAAAGAUGAAAUUGUACUAAAAGAAGACAUUGGAAUUCUUGAGAACGUGAUUUUAGAUGGAAUGGUUGGUAUUGUAUGUGAUGAGAAGGACCCAAAAGGAGGCCAGAUGGAGGAGUCAAUAUGUGUGAAGUCUGCCUUUGCAGUUGACCAUGAUGCUAGAAGUGCUUUUGAUCACUGGAAGGUGUAUUGGGACAACUUUUACUCAAGGAACUACUUCCAUAAUGCUAUUACACAAGAAUGCUCAUGGGACCCACCUGCUGGAAUGGAAGAUCUAGUGUAUGUUAAUAUCAGUGAUACACCAACAGUGCCACAGAACGAUACAGCUUACUUGGGCGCCUCUCUGACUUGUUUAAAAGAAUUUAGUACUCAAGCCAUUUCUUCUCAUCAACAAUCUAUUUGUGAUUUAUCAGUAGACUACAAAGGUGAUGAAGGAUUUUUAGAUAACCAGAUUCAUGAUUCAGUUGGAGAUAAACUUGUUAAUGAUGCUUUAUGUAAUACCAGUUCUGUGAAAAGGAAACAAAAGUCUAGGAGAGCAAAAUCCAAAAAGAAUAUAUCCAUACAGAAUGGAGAUUUCCCGUUUACAAAUGAAGGCUUUCACCGCAGUUUGAGUAAAUACUGGUGUCAAAGGUAUAGUUUAUUUACAAAGUAUGAUGAAGGUAUCCAAAUGGAUGAAGAAGGAUGGUUCUCGGUUACCCCAGAGCCCUUGGCAAAACAUCAUGCAAACCGUUGUGCUGGUGGUACUGUAGUUGAUUUAUUCACUGGAGUUGGCGGAAACGCAAUCCAGUUUGCACAACGGUGUGGACAUGUAAUUGCAAUUGACAUUGAUCCAAUGAAAAUUGACUAUGCACAACAUAAUGCAGCAAUAUAUGGAGUUUGUGACAGAAUAGACUUCAUUAGAGCAGAUUCCUUGAUAUUGGCUCCAGCAUUGAAGGUGGAUGUAGUAUACAUGUCGCCACCAUGGGGAGGACCUGACUAUGCCAAGGUUAAGAAGUUCGACAUCAAAAGUAUGCUUAAGCCACAUGAUGGGUAUUAUCUCUUCAAUGUUGGAAAAGGAAUUGCUUCUAAAGUUGUCAUGUUCCUUCCUAGAAAUGUUGAUAUCAAUCAAUUGGCUGAGAUCGCUUUGUCUGCCAACCCAUCGUGGUCGCUAGAGGUUUUUUGUCCCAUAUCCUCUAACCUAGUUGAAAACUUCUUAUGUUUUCAAGGGUCUUCUAGAUCAUAUUUAAGUAUCCACCUCCACUAUUUCUUUUAGAAGUUAUGAGUGCUACGUCCAUUGUGUUGUUGAUCUCAAUACUGCUUGUGUGUUCAUGACACAUGAAUAUAACAGAUAUCUCAAUAGCAUCCAAUCAGGUGGGGAGGGGAGAUCGGGACUCAUCUGAUUUGUACGGGAACUCUUGAGUGAUGGGUCUCACUCAUAUUUUAAAUAGCUUGUUAAAACCAUAUACGCAGUACUCCGUAUUUAAACUUUUUUAAAAUUUUUUUAAAAUUAUCUAUGUCCUUUUUUUUCAGGACCAAUUUUGCUUCCACUUGUCUGGAGCAUUAUAACUAGUUUAGCACCUAGAUGACUAAUUAUUUUGUGCUUGCCUGUGGUCUUAGGUUGAAAAGAAUUUCUUAAAUGGCAAGCUGAAGGGGAUCACUGCAUACUUCAUUAAGCCUUUAUCGGAGCAAAGUAAGAUGCAAACAUUAAACUAAAAGUUUACCCCGCCCGACCACCCUUCAAACAACGUUCACACUUUUUGAAUUGAUUAUAUGCUCCCGGGAGUAAAUACAUCGCAUUUCAUGUACAUAUGUAGUAGAGUAACAUAUUCUUGCACCUUUGGGAUUAUAUUACAUCUCAGUAACCUUAAACAGUCAAUGUUGCGCCGGCAGCAGCACAUGGAUGAUGAGGUAGCACUUGUCAUCUCUUUUGUGGAUAAAUUGUACUCCAGUAUUUUAUUAGAGAGCAAGAUGUAGAAUUUUGG